AUGUCUCUGCUAGCUCAAGGUAUCGUCGGCGGGAUCGUGGGCAUCACCACGACAUCGGCCAUCAUCAGCCUCAGGGUUGCCACAAACAUCUUUCUCGCCGCGAGCGACACGGCCAUUGUCGACACCCUCCUCCUGCUGAUCCAUCGAUCUCUCGAAGCCCUCACUCAGAGCUUGAGCGGAGCAGCCUUGAUAUGGAGGGGCAUCUUCACCAACGGCACGAAUGACACGAGCGUUCACUUUAUCCUCAACCACCUGUCUGAGCUCUUCACCUUUCUCUACGACAUGUUCAAGCCCGCCAACGUCAUCCCGCGGUUCCCCAUUGGCUUCUUCGCCAACGGCCAGGACGACGCGAGCACCGACAACCCCUAUAACGAACUCGACCUCCGCCGCGAGGAGAACCGCCGAGCCUGCAUCUAUCAGAUCCAGCGCGUCGCCCUGACCCUGACCUCCAUCCUCAAAAUGGGCCGCGGGCCGGUCCCGCGCGGCGGCCUCGGUGACCUGCAGAUGAACGCUCGCCUCCGCAGCGACUUUGACAAGGCCAACAACCCGCCACCUCCGACCUACGACGCCCGCCUCGAGCACGGGCAGAAACCCAUCUACCCCGACGAGCGGUGGCUCUUCAUCAACGGCAUCGCAAACGAGUUCGUCUGGUUCCAGCGCUCGUGCGACAAGCUCCGCGACACGUUCCGCCGCGACGUCCGCGGCGUCUUCAACCGGAGCGACGGCUUCCUCUGGGACCUCAUCGAGUGCUGCGGCGAGCGCAGCGCCGCCGCGGCCGAGGCCAACGAGAUCAUCGACCGCACGCAGAGCAGCAGGGCCGCGCAGGACGUCCUCGCCCGCGAGCUCGCCGCCGCGCUGUGGCCCGCCGACGGCGCCAGGCCGCCCGCCAAGGUCGUCAUGGUGGCGCACUCGCAGGGCUGCCUGAUCCUGCGGCUCGCUCUGCACAAGCUCAUCCGGGACAGCGCGGGCCAGGCGCAGAAGCGGAGCGCCAUGGCCGAGCGCCUGCACGUGUUCACGUUUGGGAACCCGAGCGUCGACUGGAGGGUCAUGGACGGCGAGGUGCGCCCGCUGAGCGGCUAUGCCCGGGUGACGGAGCACUUUGCGCACCGCGUCGACUUUGUGGCCAUGCUGGGGUGCGUGACGCAGGCCUCCGGGCCUGCGUCUGGGUAUGCCGGCGCGCCGGUCUUCUUCAGCAACGGGGGGCGCGGCCACUUAUUUGGGGCGCAUUAUCCGCUGGGUGCUGCGUCGUAUGUCGACGGAGACAAAUCGAAGCUGCUCAAGGCUGCGGCGGGAAGGCCUCUGGCCUGA